AUGUUUGCUGCCUUACUAAAGCCAUUCCGCGACCCGAACUGGCGCUCGGUCCUUGGCGCCGUCAUUUUCGGCGCCAUGAUCGCCGUCACAAUCCACGACUCUUAUCUUUUGUGGGAACGCUAUUGGCAAGAGCCAAAGGAGUCGGACAUGAAGAUUGAAGUGAAUGAGACCAUGCCGAUCCCUGAUAUCACAUUCUGCGUCCCAUCAGUGCAAGCGACCAGUCAUUUUAGCAAAGCGGCGAAGGAGACGGAUUUGAAGGAGAUUGAAGUGAGUUGACCGCUUUGUAGCGCCUAUAACUCAUUUCGGAAACUGAAUAAAAAUAUUUUCAGAAGUAUCUAAGUCGAAUGAAGACCAAAGACGAUUUCCUUGGCAAAAAGUGGGGCGAAAAAUUGUUGUAUAGCGCGUAUACGGCCGUUGCGGCUCUCCACACCUUGGAAAGGGAGGCGUUUGGAAGUUUCUUGGCUAAACAAAUCAAACAGUUCGGCAACAGCCCCUCGAAAUUUUUCUCGGAGAAGAGAAACAAUGUCAAGGUAAGUCCAAAAAUUUUGAUGACUAACUUUGUCGUUUUUCCCACUGUAAUCUUCGACUUGAUUUUUAGUUCUGGACGUCUCAACUGGAGACGAGAAAUGUGACAUUUGAGGAGUUGAAGAAAAAAGUCGGCAGUGACAUUAUUGAUAUGUAAGUUGAUGACAAUAUUGUCAUAAUAUUACUGUGUUUUUCAGAAUGGUCCGUGGAGAAUUCCAAAGACUUUACCACAAUAAAACGGAGGUCACAAGCGAUCAAAUUGAGGCUGAGACCACUUGGAUUUCCGAGAAGGAUUUCUGCUUCAAAGCGGUUUUAAAUGAGACAACCGGAGCUCCCGUUACACAUCAGGUAAAAAUUUUCAAAAAAAUGGGGUUUUUGCCCCAGGCAAUUUUUGUUUUUUAGGCGGCUUCUCUCUUCAAAAAGAAUACAAGAAAUUUUUCAGUCAAAAAAAGCUUAAAAAGGCCUUGUUUUUUUGGCUAAAUGCGACUAGUCGAUAAAAUUUAAGACCAAAAAUUCCCUGAAAAAAGAUGUUUUACUCAAAAGCCAAGAGUUCAAAACAAAAUUGACCGUUUUCAGAACGCGUUCCUCUUCCUAAAUUACUUCCAAAACGAGAAGAAUCUUCCCAAGGAAGAUCAAGUCAAGUGUGCCAGUAUGAACUUCCACGGCGACCCCUACGAUAUUUCCCCAUAUUCGGAGCACGGAGGCUCAAGUCGUGACGGGAUUACCGAAAGUAUUUGCCCUGGCCUUCGAUACGACGUCACUGUCGAAGUGCUGGACGUCUACACGAUGGUCGAAAACGACGAAGAGGGAACCAAGUGUCAAGAAAUUGGUGACGAUGACGGUGAAGAGGAGAAGACAGUAUUUGAAUGCCAUGGGAUCUGCAGAGCGGCGUUGAUCAAGGACAUUUGCAAUUGCACGGCAAUGUCGACGCAACAUUUGCUGGACGCCGGCGAAGACGAUGAUCUUCCGUUGUGCGGGGAUUACAGCCAAUGCGACGUUGAGUAAGUCGCAGAAAAACAAUGUUUUAUUUGUACAACGGCGAGAACUGCGCUAUACAGUGGGGACCUGAUCCAGUGGCAAAAAACGUACCAUUUUGCAUCCGGGAAGUAUCAAAAAUGUGGCAAAAUGCUUCCCUCUCCACGUGAAAAAACUCCGAUUUCUAAAGCGCGCCCGCUCUUUUUGUGAGGCGCGCCCUUCAAAAUGAAGCUUUUUAACUAGGAGAGGGAAGCAUUUUGCCACAUUUUUGAUGCUUUCCGGAUGCAAAAUGGUACGUUUUUUGCCCCUGGAUCGGGUCCUUCACUAUACAGUUUCUACUUAUAUUAUAAUAUCGAACUUAUCUUCCGUUUCAGUGUCCAACAAUUCAAGUCAAGGGAAGGAGAAUGCGCGGAUAACUGCAAGCGAGACUGUAAACAGACUCGCUUCCAAAUUAUCUCCGGACAAACCGCUCGGAUCGUCCAUCCCCUAUCGAAUGGAGAAAAAGUGAAAUCGAAUGCCAUGACGACUGUUUUCGUUAGUUGGGCAUCAUUUGAAUACAUGACGGUGGAGCAAGAAAAGGUUUACAAGUCAUGGUCCGCUUUUAUUGGAGAAUUAGGAGGAAUCCUUGGGUUGUGGCUGGGCUUGUCUAUACUGGGAAUCAUUCAGGUGAGCAAUGGGCUAGACAUGGCAUUUGGGCCAGCCAAGAUUUUUUUUAACUUAAAGGGGAAGUACUCCAAGUGGGACGCUCAUAUCUUGAUGAAACUUGGCACAAAUUUAGAAAAACUUUUUUCGAAAAUGUGUAAGGCUCCUAGCUUGCGUUUUACGGAAACAAUAGACGUUUUUAGGUCGAAAGUUGUACAAAAACCCGACAGUUUUUUGGAAUUCUUUUGGCAUGAAAAGUUUUGUGCCUAUUUCUACUGUAGAGGGCAAUGUUCUCAAAUAAAUAAUUAUUUUCUGCCUGAAAUCAGCAAAGUCAUGUCUAAAAAAUGUUUUUUUUUCUCUGACCGCUCUCUGUGUUUUGCGUACUCUCUCGGCAGAAAAUAUCAUUGAAUUUCUUGGAUGCCGCUGCGAAUUGGAAGCUAAAACUUUGAGGAAUUCAUAUGUGGGCUAUGCCUGACGUGUGCGCCAAGUUUAAAGAAAAUCUGAGUGUCGCACUGGGAAGCCUUCGAAAUUGAACGGACUUGGUUUGUCACGAUCCCAUUCGUUUUAUAUAUUCGUAAAUUUUUUACCGACAUGUUUUUCUCACUAAUUCCACCCCACUUCCAGGACUCAUUCACCGCCGCCGAGCAGGUCACCACCAAGGCCGUCACACGGAUAGGGCAGGGCAAUAAAGUCGCUCCCACCAAUCCCUAA